UAAGACUCGAAUUCAAUACACUACAAGUCCCUCUCUCUCGAAAUCUUAGGACCAAACUCUCUGAUUCAUCAUCAUCAUCAUCUUCAAGCUUCGGAUCGCAUAGCAGAUCCAUCUCCACAACACUCCACCAUCAAUGUCUCCAUCUUCACCGCAAGAUUACUACACCACGAGCUCCCAAGGCUUCUCACGCUCCGCACCCACAUUCGCCACGCGCCGCCCAUGGCGGGAGCUCGUCCAACCCAUUUCCGCCUUUACCCGCCCUCACACCUUCGGCGAAGCCACGACCCGCAUCAACCGCAACCUCAACUACUUCCGCGUCAAUUACGCCAUGGUUGUACUGUUGAUCCUCUUCCUCAGCCUCCUCUGGCACCCGCUUUCUCUCAUCGUUUUCUUGGUCGUUCUCGUCGUCUGGUUAGCCCUCUACUUCUUCCGAGACGGCCCAAUUAACGUUUUCAACAACACGAUCGAUGACCGCAUCGUCUUGGUCCUUCUCGGCGUUGUCACUAUAGUAGCCCUGGUCUUCACCAGUGUAUGGCUUAACGUGUUGAUCUCGGUCUUGAUUGGCGCCACGCUCGUUGGAUUACAUUCCGCCAUUAGAGGCAUCGAAUAUCUGUACUCCGACGAGCAAGAAGCCGCCGAGGGUGGGUUGCUUUCGGUCGUUGGGAGUCCACCGCGUACUGGGGUUUAGUCGUUUUCGGCCCCCAAAUUCCUGGUAUUGCCAAGACUUUGAAGAAUCUUGAGUAAUUAGGGUUGUAGUGAUUCAUAAAUUUUGAAGCUUCAAUUUCAGAUUUUAGAAAAAGGAAGAAGAAACUUGAGAAUUGUUUUGCUUGUAAUCUUGUUUUUUUUUUUGUCUUUCCCCAAUAUCUUUGUACAUGUACUAGUGGGAAAUGACAAUUUUUUUCAGUCUUUAUAUGUUUUCUGAAAUUGAAUUUUAAUUAGUGCAAUAUAUAAAGUUAUUAUAGUAAUUGGUCAAAGACAAUUAGUGUGUAUCUGAAUUUGAUUAAAAUUAAGGUUGUUUUCUU